AACUUUUUUGGGAGAAAGUUGGACGCGGCUGUAUCGGAGCUGCGUGAUGAGAAGCAAAAAGCGCUCAUAUGCCGAGCUGUGAAGUUUGAAGCGAGCUUCGUCGCUGAGGUGGGAUUGCAAUGGGACUCCCCACGCUGGAGUUCACUGACUCUUUCCUGGACAGCCCGGACUUCAGGGAGCGGAUCAAAUGCCAUGAAAUCGAGCUUGAGCGGACAAAUAAAUUCAUCAAAGAGCUCAUCAAGGAUGGGAACAUGCUCAUCACGGCUCUGAAGAAUCUUUCUGCUGCCGUCCAGAAGUUCUCCCAGUCGCUGCAGGAGUUCCAGUUUGAGUGCAUAGGCGAUGCAGAGACAGAUGACGAGGUGAACAUUGCCCAGUCAUUCAAGGAGUUCUCCCAGCUGUUGAACACUGUUGAAGAAGAAAGGAGACGCUUGAUUCAGAACGCAGAUGAUGUGUUGAUUACUCCCCUGGAAAAGUUUCGGAAGGAGCAGAUCGGUGCUGCAAAGGAGGGGAAGAAGAAAUUCGAUAAGGAAACAGAGAAAUACUACUCCACGCUUGAGAGACACCUCAACUUGUCAUCCAAAAAGAAGGAAGCAUAUCUGCAGGAGGCUGACACGCAGAUUGAUAAGGAGAGACAACUUUUUUAUGAUGCAUCCCUUGAGUACGUCUUCAAAAUACAAGAAGUGCAAGAAAAAAAGAAAUUUGAGUUUGUUGAGCCGCUCCUGGCCUUUCUUCAGGGCUUGUUUACAUUCUACCAUGAAGGAUAUGAGCUGGCUCACGAGUUUGAGCCAUACAAACAGCAGCUCCAGUUCAACCUACAGAACACACGAAACAACUUUGUGAGCACCAAGCAGGAAGUGGAGAAGCUGAUGAAGAGGAUAAGGUCUGCAGAUCAGGACUAUAAACCCCCGGGCCAGUGGACGAUGGAAGGCUUCCUGUACGUCCAGGAGAAACGUCCUCUGGGAUGCACUUGGACACGUCACUACUGCACAUAUGAGAAAGGCAGCAAGACCUUCACCAUGAGCAACACUGAAAAUAAGUCGGCCGGGAAACAGAAUGGUCUUGUCCUGAACCAGCCGGAGAUGUUCAAGCUCAAGUCCUGCAUUCGGAGGAAAACCGAUUCCAUCGACAAGCGUUUCUGCUUUGAUAUCGAAGUGGUGGAGAGAAAUGACAUCUAUCGAGGAACUCUUUUCAGACCGCUUCAGUUUUUCUGUAAAGUCCGGCAUGGCGUUAUGACACUGCAGGCACUGUCAGAGUCCAACAGAAGAUUGUGGCUGGAGGCCAUGGAUGGCAAGGAGCCGAUUUACAACCUGCCAGCCAUAUUAAGCAAAAAGGAAGAGACAUUUCUUAAUGAGGCGGGCUUUAACUUUGUAAGGAAAUGCAUUGACCUGGUGGAGAUGAGAGGCAUAAAUACAAUGGGACUGUACAGAAUUGGAGGGGUCAACUCCAAAGUGCAGAAGCUGAUGACCACAGUCUUUUCAUCCAAGGCACCGGUGGAUAUGGACCUGGAUCCAGAGACGUGGGACAACAAAACUAUCACCAGUGGUCUGAAGAAUUACCUCAGAUGUCUCUCGGAGCCUCUAAUGACCUUCAAGCUCCACAAAGAUUUUAUCAUGGCUGUCAAGUCUGAUGACCAGAACUACAGGGUUUGCGCUGUCCAUGCUUUGGUUCAUAAGCUGCCCGAGAGGAACAAGGAAAUGCUGGAGUUACUAAUAAAACACCUUGUCACAGUUUCCACACAAAGCCAGUUCAACCUGAUGACGGUAUCCAACCUGGGUGUCAUCUUUGGGCCCACACUGAUGCGGUCACAAGAGGAAACUGUGGCCGCCAUGAUGAACAUCAAGUUCCAAAACAUUGUGGUGGAAAUACUUAUCGAGAACUUCAUCAAGAUCUUUCACCAGCCUCCAGAUCCCAAUGUGCCUCUGCCUCAACCCCAGAGCCGGCCUGGCUCUCGCAGGAGUAGGGCCAUCUGUCUGUCCACGGGGCCCAGGAAGCCCCGCAGCCUCUACACCCCAACACUGUGCCUGGCAGAUGCAGAAAGUCCCUGCAUAGGUGACACUUUUAGCAGCAGCCCAAGCAGCACCCCCAUGGGCAGCAUGGAGUCUUUGUCCUCCCACUCCUCUGAGCAGAACAGCUCCUCCAAAACAGCAUCCUCUGCUCAGGUCAAGAACAAGUCUGUCCAGGACCUCCGCCGAACGCCAUCACAGCACUCCAACGGCCCCAGAAGCACUGUAUGUAUCAGCAGCCCAGAGUCCAGCUCCAGGGAGGAUGCAGGGCGUACAGAUGGAGAGUCAGAGGAUGCCCUCAGCCUGUCCUCAGUCAGCAUUGCACCCAGGCUGCCUCCUGCCCCCAAAAAAGCCCCCCACUGCCGCACUGACCUCAGGCCAGCACUGCUGAACCGCUCAGCUGCUCCCUCUCUGAAAUCACUGCAUAUAUCUGAAGGCCACAGGAGCUGCUCUGGAUCUGUCCAAAGUCUGUCAACACUGGAGCCCAAAGAGAGUUUAAAGCCUACUGAACACCCAAACCUUCCGCCAAAACAAGUGAUCCGCCGCAGGAUGGACACCUCAGUCAGCAACGGUUACCAAAGGCCCGGCUCAGUUGUGGCUGCCAGAGCACUGCUCUUUGAAAAUGCCUCUUCCCCCCAGUCUGUUCCGGUCGGAAGAGAUGCCAAGGCGAUGUAUUCCUGUGAGGCAGAGCACAGCCAUGAGCUCAGCUUCCCCCAGGGGGCGCACUUCUCAAACGUUUACCCCUCUGUUGAACCAGGCUGGCUCCAAGCAACAUACGAAGGAAGAACAGGUUUAAUCCCUGAGAAUUACGUUGUCUUCCUCUAACAAGCUGGUAAACAUUGCAUCAUUUUCAUGGUAUCCAUGGAAAAAAAUAAUACACAAUGUGGUUGACAGAUUGUUCCUAUCAUUGCAUUUUAUGCAGCCUUAGCAGAUAUCAAGCUUUAACAGGGCCACAAGUUCAAAGUCCAAAAAUGUACCACCUCCUCUGUGAGUUGUGAAAUGUUUGAGGAGAGAUUUAGAGGUUUCGGAAGAAAUAGGUAUGAAAUGAUUGUUAGAUGUAAAUAUUUUACCCAUCGACUGCACUGAUGUUAUUAAUCCCAGUAUUAACCUACAGAAUCACAAAACAACUGCAUCCCAUUUCACAAGAUUUAAUCUCAGAAAUAUAUAUGUUAACUUCCCAUCAUAUUAACAAAACACUUUAAUCAAGUUACUAAUGGAAACCUGUAGUUUCAUAAACAUUUUGUAUCAACUGUAAUGGAAAAAAAACUGUGAUUUAAAGUAAGGAUAUUAAUCUAAUCUAUUAGAAUCUAAUAGAAAAAUCAUAAUGGUUUUGCACCUUAACUUUCAUGUUCAUGGCCUGUGAUCAUUGUUCAUCCACUGAACCUGCUCACUGCUGCAGUGCACUUUCUGGUUAGCUCCACGGUACUGUACUGUACAUUAAUGCUCAUGAGUUCUUCUGUAGUUGCUAAUCAACAAUAUUUACUUCCUGUAACUGUUUAGUACUAUAAAUUAUCAUUUCAAAUAUAUUCAUUUUUAUAAUGUCAUGAAUGCUUAGUUCAUGAGGUGGAGCCUUCACCUUUAAUGUUUGUUGUGGUACUGUAGUCACUGGUACACUGGUGUACUAGUAAUGGCAACUAGACAUGUAUCAGAUUAAAUUACAGUUUGUUAUACAUGCCAUUUGAUAUUUAAUUUUCUAUUUGCAACAUUUCAAAAGAACACAGUCAGAGUGUCACAGUGUAAUUAUCUAAAAAGUUAACUUCGGUGAUACUAUUUCAGGAAAACAUAAAGAAAAUAAUCAAAACCCUUUCGCUCCUCAGUUAUUACAAACUGAAAAAUUACUUCAAAGUAAGGCUUUAACUGAUGGCCAAAAAUGAAUUUGGGAAGGCAUUUGGGAUCUUGCACUUGCCAAGAUCAGGAUGUUCUUUUCCAUUUACAUCCUUCAGAAUGUGAGGUGGCCUUGAACUUGGAUGCUGGGAUAACACUCCCCUACAGUCUGAACUUUAGCAGGGGCAUAUCACAGAAAUGAUAUCCAAAUCCUGCCAUUCUUUUUUUUUAUAUGGCAAGCUUGUUUCCUUGCAAUCAUCUACUGUAUCAUGAGUAUAUAUACUAUGUCAUAAACAUGUCUACUAAUAAACAGCGUGAUUUAUUA